AGACGGUAAAGGUGUAUUUUAACGCCAAGUAAGGUGUCCAAUUCUCGUGUGUUUCGAAACAUCGAGGGGUUUAAAAAAUACGUAAAACGUUGGACGUAUACUGAUCCUUAAUUUUCAUUCUUGUAUGUUCAUGAUUUCAAAAUAUGGAGAAAUCUGCAGUCAUAGUAACGUUAGCACAAGAACAGCCUACAGAUUACAUCCCAGAACAUUGUGAUGUCCAACCACAAUACGUGUAUGAAUCGAACAUACAUUCAAAUAAUGUACUUGCUACACUUAACGAACAAAGAAGAAGUGGUCUACUAUGUGACAUGACUGUAAUUGUAGAGGGUGUUGAACUACAAGCGCAUAAAGCAGUAUUGGCAGCAUGUAGCUCAUAUUUUAAUGGAAUUAUAACGGACCCUGCCAAUGUCAGUCACAAUAUUGUUCUUGAACUAAGUAGUAUAAGCAGACUUGGCAUGGAGAGUCUAUUAGAAUUUGCAUAUACCUCAAAACUGACCGUGUCACGAGGUAAUAUCAAUCAUGUUUUGGCUGCAGCUCGAGAACUAGAUGUCAAAAACCUGGAAUAUUCCUGUCUUAACCUGCUAAAACAGAAACUUUUCCAAGAAACCUCUGACCCUACUGCAGUUGCCCAAUGUGCAGAUGGUUCAAAAGCUUGCAAAAACAGCACAAUAUCAAGAAAAGUUGUAAUGGCUUCCAAAACAACAGACCCCUGUUCAGAAGGCACCGAAUGCUGUGUGGAGACUAAGAACCCAUACACCUCGACUUGCGAAGAUGAUGUGAAAAAUUCAAAGGGAGACUGCCCUCUAAUGGCCAAACUUAGUUUAAACUCGAAACCAACGAGUUCAGACGUUAAACCAUCGACUGCUACACCAAUACCAGACAUAAAGCCCAUCACCUCUGUACUGCCUCCCGGUGCUGAAACAAUCAACUUAUCCUCGUUGCCCAAGGCUCAACAACAGAUGAUGUUACAACAUUUCUUGCAACAGCAAAACUACCGACUCCCAUGCACUAAAACUGUGCCAUCAUGCGAUCAACCAUCUUACAACAGCCAACAAAUAAGGUACCCUACUAAAGUACCUUAUGACCCAUCAUCAUAUGAUCGUCCCAUGUGCACGAUAUCAUAUUCACAAAGUUCUCACGUCAAUAAAUGUGGAUCAAAUUAUAACUCGGACACUGACGAAGCAUUAAGCGCUGAUGAUGAUUCAGAACGAAGUUUCUACAUGCAAGGUAAAUGUGCUGGCAACUACUCGAGUGAAAAUUGUGGAAAACUCCGGAAACAAUCUGAUGUUGUCCUUCCGUUCUCCAUAAACGAGAUCACCAAACUCCCGAGGACACAACUGCAAGAACUGCUCAAUCGGAACCCCUCACUUUCCCCACAACAAAUAACUGCAAUCCAUGAGAUCAGGAGGAGGGGAAAGAACAGAAUCGCUGCUCAAAGAUGUAGGAAGAGGAAAAUGGAUUGUAUCAGAUCUUUACAGUGCCAACUUGAACAGUUACGAGAAGAACAUUUAAACUUAAUGGGAGAAAGAAGGACUUGUCAGGAUAAAUCACUCAAACUUGCUGAGAUGUUUCAAAAACGAUAUGAACAGGUUUUCUCGGAUUUCAAGCUUUGUAAACAAAGUAGCGAAACCAGUGAAGCGUGCCCGGAGACCGAAAACUCUGAUAGCGCCCCGGGUGACCAUAUUGUCGCUUCUAUGGCCGACUAUUUUAAGAUGGAGUCCGACAAUGCUAGAGAACUUGCCGAAAGGUUUUGUAAACUACCGUGUUCUACCCUUCCCCCAUUCUCCCUGUGCUCUGUGAUGUCACAAUCAUGCCCUAUGAUGUCAUCACCAUGCUCUAUGAUGUCACAACAAGAUGUUGUAGUUGUGUGUGAUGGAGAUGACAGUGUUGCCGACAUGUGUGCCAAACCCUGUAGUCCAAGCGGCUGUUCCACCAACUCAUACACCUCCGAAUUAACGGAGCCCCAUCCUGAAGUUACAACUGUACAAGAAGGGGCGGAAAAAGCCCCCUCCUUACAAGGGGUAACCCAUAACCCCCCAACAAGCCCCAAAAAAAUGGACGUAGAUACGCCGAGAGUUUACGUCACUAAAGAAACUGAAUUUCGACCAACAUAAUUUAAUCGUGUGAUUUUCUUUAUUUCAAAUGCGAAUUAAAAUUAGGUCAUUUUGCUUUACCAACUUAAAAGGUUAAUGUUUCAUACACUCGAUUACAGUUAAAUGGUCACAUAUUGAACAAAGUGCAUAUGUUAAUAUAAUUAUAUAGGGGUAAGUUAUCCAUGUUUUUAUUAUGUUUCAUUUGGUAGUAAACAAAGACUGUUAACAGAAUCAUAUAACCGUAUCCUCACGAUCAUAAAGUAAAUGUAAUAUGUGAUAUUAUCUGCUAACAGUAUCCGUCUUAACCCAAAGUACUACGAAUGUUAAGUUCUAUUUUCGACGUUUUUUGGCUAAAUUUGUGCCCAUGCUAUUUACAUUCGUGUUCCAUUAAUUAGAGGAAUGUUUCUUUUACCCCAAAAAAGCAGUUUUAAUGGACAAAAAGCAGUUGUUUUAAUGGACAUUUGGCAGUGGCUCACUACAUAUUCAUUAAUUUUUAAUUGCUUUUUAGUUUUACCGAAAGUGUAAAAAUCAUUUUACUCAAUUUUAUUCCGAAAAAAAGUACAUGGUUUUUGUCAAAAGUGAAAAAUUUUAAUUUUUUUCCUAAGAUGAAAAGAUGCGAAAUUUUUAAAUUUUUUUUCAAAAAUAAGCAGUUCCC